AUGAUACCAUUUGCUUCAGUUCCCGCCAAAGUUGUGUGGGGGGACAGCCAGGCUGUGGUGGACGCCAUAGCCGACCAACAACAGAGAGCUUCAACGACCGGAGUAGUCAAUCAUGUGGCCGAAGACACACUGAGCUGUUUACAAGCUUCGGCGCCACUGAUUUGA